UUAUUGGAGAUGCUCCGUACUAAACCCAAUAAACCAAUUCUUUUGAUCAAAAGGAGAAAAAUCCCUACAGCCUACAAUCUCUUUUUAUACUAAACAACAAUGCCAUCUUUUCCGAAUCCAGGUUCACUCACCAUUUGCGAAAUCAAUCGAGACCUCAUCACUGCUGAGAAUCUUUCUGACGAUCGAGCCAAGGAAACUUACGGAAAACUUCUGGGGACGGUGUUCAGUCCGGUGGUGUUUCAGUUGGACCAGCCGGUACGACCGCCGAGUCCGGAGCUUGAUGCAGAGCCACUUGGCACAGUGGAAAGAAAGGGUAUUGUAGCAACAUUGCAGGAGAUAGUGAAUGACUCCCUCAAACGCCUUUUUCAUCCUAAUGACGUGAGCUUAUUACCAAAAGUUGAUCUUCAGGGAGUAAGUUGGCACCAACAUAAGCAUAUUAUUGCCUUUAUAUCUGGGUCAAAUCAAGUUAUAGUUCGUGAUUAUGAAGAUUCAGAAGGGAAGGAACCAUGCAUUUUGAGCAAUGAUUCUCAACGGGAUGUUAAAUUACUUGAGUGGAGGCCUAACGGCGGGAGAGCACUAGCUGUAGCUUGCAAGGGUGGGAUUUGUAUAUGGGUUGCCUCUUAUCCUGGAAAUGCAGCAUCUGUAAGGUCUGGCGCUGCUUCAUUCUUGGGAACCUUAUCCAGAGGUUCUGGAAUAAGAUAUAUACUGGCAGAUUUUCUUAAAAGUCAGAAUGAUGAGCAAAUAAGUGCGCUGUCAUGGAGUCCAGAUGGAAGAUAUCUCGCAUCUGGGUCAUUUGAGAGCUCAUCAUUUACCAUAUGGGAUGUUGCUCAAGGUGCAGGGACUCCCAUUCGACGAGGAUUAGGUGGUAUAUCUAUGCUUAAGUGGUCACCAACUGGAGAUUAUUUUUUUCUGCUAAAUUGUAUUGAUGGUACAUUUUAUCUUUGGGAGACAAACACAUGGACAUCUGAGUCAUGGUCUUCAACUAGCGGUUUUGUCAUGGGAGCAACAUGGGACCCUGAUGGGCGUAUGAUCCUUCUUGCUUUCUCUAAAUCUUCAACACUAGGCUCAAUUCACUUUGCAUCGAAGCCCCCUUCCUUGGAUGCACAUCUAUUACCUGUUGAGCUGCCUGAGAUAAUAUCACUGACAAAUAGUCAGGGGAUUGAUAGAAUAACAUGGGAUGCUUCUGGGGAGCGGUUAGCUGUAUCGUACAAAGGGGGUGAUGAUUUAUACAGGGGUCUGAUCGCCGUUUAUGAUGUUAGGAGGACUCCGUUGAUCUCUGCAUCACUUAUUGGGUUUAUCAGAGGUCCUGGUGGCAAUCCAAAGCCAGCAUCAAUGACAUUUCACAACAAAUUUAAACAGGGACCGUUGCUGUCUGUGUGUUGGAGUAGUGGAUUUUGCUGUACCUACCCUCUCAUAUUCCGUUCCCAUAUUUUGCCAUAAAUUGGGGUGCAAGUAUUCAAUUGAUUAAGGGCUAGUUUGGUGGCCCACAUAAGAGUUUUAUUGUAUUAAAUAGCAAGAAAAACUAUAUUUGGAUAAAAUUUCGUAUUGUAUUAGUUAUUACGACCAUAAAUUUUAAUACAAUACGAAUCGAAUUAUUUAACAUAACAAAUAAUUUGUAUUAGUUUGUGUUAUAAUAUUUAGAAACUCGGACCUUGGCUUUGAACUCUAGAUUCAGACUCGGACUUUGAACCCGAACCCGUCCUAGACUUGGAUCCGGACUCGGUCCAAGGCCAAGGUCGGGAUUGGGGUUGAAUUUUUAAUAAAGAUAAUAUUAGUUUACUUAA